UACAAUUCGCCCGCUCAAGCUUAAGGUAUAUGGAGACGCUUUUCUACCACACCUUAAACUCGCCGUUGAGCCCAUCCGCUAACGAACGAGAUUAUAAGGUAUCAAGUGCCGCGGUAAUGGAUUCCCAGGCAACAUUGAACGAGCGACCUGAAGGCAAACCCACCCUCGAUGAGGAGAAGCAAAGGAUGAUGGACGGGACAAAAACCGAGUCUGAUGGCUCUCAGAGCGGCGAGGUAUCCCUCGACGAGUAUCCCAGUGGAGCCGGCCUUGCCUUGAUCGUUAUGGCUCUCAUCCUGAGUAACUUCCUCGUUGCUCUCGACUUGACCAUCGUUGGAACGGCAAUCCCAGAGAUCACACGGGAAUUCAACACAAUCAGCGACGUAUCCUGGUACGGCUCGGCCUUCUUUAUGACCGUCGGCGGGUUCCAGGCGACAUGGGGUAAAGCAUACAAGUACUUCCCUCUUAAGGCGUCAUACCUCGUCUCUAUCUUUAUAUUUGAGCUGGGAAGUCUGAUCUGCGGCGUGGCUCCAACCUCGACAGCACUGAUCGUGGGUCGCGCAAUCUCGGGUGUCGGUGCAGCAGGCAUAGGGUCUGGAGUGUUCACUAUCACCUCGUUCUCUGCUGAGCCGAAGAAGCGGCCAACCCUCAUUGGGAUUGUCGGUUUGUCGUAUGGAGUGGCAUCUGCAGUUGGACCGCUUAUCGGCGGUGCUUUCACCACGAAUGUGACAUGGCGGUGGUGCUUCUAUAUCAACCUCCCCGUCGGCGGCGUUGCCGCAUUAAUCGUCCUUAUAUUCUUCAAAACACCAAGCAAGGCAAAGCCAACUCCAGCACCGCUGACGGAAAAGCUCCUCCAAAUGGACCCGGUAGGAACCGCCCUCGUCAUGGGCGCCAUCAUAUCAUUCAUCCUCGCCCUCCAAUACGGCGGCCAGACUCACCCCUGGAACUCGAGUACUGUAAUCGGGCUUCUCGUCGGCUUCGGUGCCAUGGUUAUAGCCUUUGGAAUCUGGGAAUACCUUCAGGGGGAGCGAGCUACACUCGUACCGCGACUCGUCUCGGACCGCAAUAUCUGGGUGAAUAUGGUGUACUCGCUGUUCCUGUCUGCGUCGAAGUUUGCCAUAAUCUACUACCUCCCCAUCUACUUCCAGAGUAUUGAUAAUGUCAGCGCGUCGACGUCUGGUGUGUGGACGCUUCCCUCGAUUGUCGCGUUCUCCAUUUCCAUGGUCGUUUCUGGUGGCCUGAUCACGAAAACAGGCAUUGCCUCCCCGAUUUUAGUCGUUGGUGCGGCCAUCGCUACUGUCGGAACUGGCUUACUCUAUACUCUCGAUAUUGGAACAGGUUCAGGGAAAUGGAUUGGCUAUCAGAUCCUUAGUGGUGUUGGAUGGGGACUGGCCUUCCAGGUCCCUAUCAUUGUUGCCCAGAAUGUCGUCGCUCCAAGCGACAUUCCUCCUGCAAUUGCCAUUGUCCUAUUCUUCCAAACCUUCGGCGGAGCAUUCGGCGUUUCGGCUGCACAGGCUGCCUUCGUCAACCAGAUCCUCGUCAAUGUCCCCAAGGUCGCGCCGAGUGUCGAUCCAGAAGGAUUGGUAGCUGUUGGGGUUACAAGCCUACGGGAUACUUAUACAGCGGAUCAGAUGCCGGGGGUGUUGCUUGCUUAUAUGGAUGGGUUGAAGGCGGCCUUUGCUGUGAGUAUUGGUAUGGCGGGCGUUGCGUUUUUGUUGAGCUUUUUGAGUAAAUGGGCGAGGAUUAAUGUGCAGCUUUAACUAUGCUGAUUAGCUGGGGUGCGUUGUAUUUUAAGUAGGGGUUUUUGUUUAGAAUGUGUCUUUGGGUAUAUAAUAAAUUGG